AUGUCCACCAAGCCUGUCCGUACCACAACUCGCGCAAAAGAAAUCGAACGCCUGUAUGAGCUCUUUGAUAUCCCGAUGCGCGGUGACAACGUGAGCACGACUUCGAGUCAAGUCAGACGUGCAGUUCGACCUCCAUUUUCUACGCCCAACCUUGACUUUGACGAGGAAGAAUACCAGCAAUCCUUUGAAGAAGCAGAGUACAAACGUGGUGUGCCCAGUAUGCAGCUUGCAAUCAAGACUUAUGCGGAGAGCUGGGAUGCUCCAUUGCCGACCUUGACAGCGACGACAGCACGUAUCCAAAGUGUCGAAAGACCCAAAUUGUGUGCAUCCCGUGUGGAAUCUCUCAGCACGAGUAGCCUCCGUAUGAGAUACCCCCGAGACUCGUUUACGCCCCUCGUUCGUUUGCUCGUCGUGCAGAUUCCUGAAGCAGAUUCUGCCAAACGCCUCGUUGACUGGGUCUAUGAAACCAGGCAAGAAUAUGGACGUGUCGCUCAUUCUCAAUCAUCCAAGCCUUGGGUCGCCUAA